AGCGAUUCUGAUUUUUAAUCAAAGAUACAAAUCUGGAAUAAUUUUGACACUUCACUACGGUGAUAUAUAAAAGGAAACCGAUAAGACUGAAUUUCAUCAAAAUCACGGUUUUUUGAAACUACAAAAGCUGACAUACCCCAGUGAUUUUUAGUGCAUGUCUGUAACUUGAGAUUGACCCCACCUCGACGGAACCGGCAUUCCAGCGAAACUGGUGCUAAAAAUUCUCCUGCUGGAGGUUUCUAAUUUUUCUUUUCGAUUCUUGUGAUUGGAAAUAUUUUUUUCUACAUUGGAUUAUUUAAUUAUUGAAGAGGAUAACUAUUUUCAAGGAAAGUCUUUUGACUUUCGUAGUUCAAAACAAUGAACGGUGGCUGUAGAAUACAGACAUGUGUUCUGAUAAUUGUUUUCUUCACCCUUACCUGCUGUCUCACAGGCGCAUCAACUACAACAACAGAAGAAAUAACUUCUACAGUCACAACUCAACCGACAAUAAAUGAUUCAACACAAUCACCAACGACAACCACAUCUGAUACAUCAAUAACAAAUACAACAGAACCGCCUUCAUCAACCACGCCUGAUCUGCCAACAACAGAUACAACAGAACCCCCCUCAUCACCCACACCUGAAGGAACAAAAAUAGAUACAACAGAACCCUCCUCAUCAUCCACACCUGAAGGGACAACAAUAGUUACAACAGAACCCCCCUCAUCAUCCACACCUGAAGGGACAACAAUAGUUACAACAGAACCGCCCUCAUCACCCACACCUGAAGGGACAACAAUAGUUACAACAGAACCCCCCUCAUCAUCCACUCAUGAAGGGACAACAAUAGUUACAGCAGAACCGCCCUCAUCAUCCACACCUGAAGGGACGACAAUAGAUAUAAUAGAACCCCCCUCAUCAACCACACCUGAAACGACACCAAUAUGUACAACAGAACCGCCCUCAUCAUCCACACCUGAGGGGACAAUAAUAGUUACAACAGAACCCCCCUCAUCAACCACACCUGAAGGGACACCAAUAUGUACAACAGAACCGCCCUCAUCAUCCACACCUGAAGGGACAACAAUAGAUAUAACAGAACCGCCCUCAUCAUCCACACCUGAAGCGACAACAAUAGUUACAACAGAACCCCCCUCAUCAGCCACACCUGAAGGGACAACAAUAGUUACAACAGAACCCCCCUCAUCAUCCACACCUGAAGGGACAACAAUAGUUUCAACAGAACCCCCCUUAUCAUCCACACCUGAAGGGACAACAAUAGCUCCAACAGAACCGCCCUCAUCAACCACUCCUAAAGCGACAACAGAUUCAACAGAACUGUCUUCAUCAACCACAACUGAAGCGACAACAGAUACAACAGAACUGUCUUCAUCAACCACACCUGAAGCAACAUCAAUAGUUACAACAGAACCGCCCUCAUCACCCACACCUGAAGGGACAACAAUAGUUACAACAGAACCCCCCUCAUCAACCACACCUGAAGGGACAACAAUAGAUAUAACAGAACCGCCCUCAUCAUCCACACCUGAAGGGACAACAAUAGUUACAACAGAACCUCCCUCAUCAUCCACACCUGAAGGGACAACAAUAGUUACAACAGAACCUCCCUCAUCAACCACACCUGAAGGGACGACAAUAGUUACAACAGAACCCCCCUCAUCAUCCACACCUGAAGGGACAACAAUAGUUACAACAGAACCCUCCUCAUCAUCCACACCUGAAGGGACAACAAUAGUUACAACAGAACCGCCCUUAUCACCCACACCUGAAGGGACAACAAUAGUUACAACAGAACCCUCCUCAUCAUCCACACCUGAAGGGACAACAAUAGUUACAACAGAACCUCCCUCAUCAUCCACACCUGAAGGGACAACAAUAGUUACAACAGAACCGCCCUCAUCACCCACACUUGAAGGGACAACAAUAGUUACAACAGAACCCCCCUCAUCAUCCACACCUGAAGGGACAACAAUAGUUACAACAGAACCGCCCUCAUCAUCCACACCUGAAGGGACAACAAUAGUUACAACAGAACCGCCCUCAUCAACCACACCUGAAGGGACAACAAUAGUUACAACAGAACCGCCCUCAUCAUCCACACCUGAAGCGACAACAAUAGUUACAACAGAACCCCCCUCAUCAACCACACCUGAAGGGACAACAAUAGUUACAACAGAACCCCCCUCAUCAUCCACACCUGAAGGGACAACAAUAGUUUCAACAGAACCCCCCUUAUCAUCCACACCUGAAGGGACAACAAUAGCUCCAACAGAACCGCCCUCAUCAACCACUCCUAAAGCGACAACAGAUACAACAGAACUGUCUUCAUCAACCACACCUGAAGCAACAUCAAUAGUUACAACAGAACCGCCCUCAUCAUCCACACCUGAAGGGACAACAAUAGUUACAACAGAACCCCCCUCAUCAACCACACCUGAAGGGACAACAAUAGAUAUAACAGAACCGCCCUCAUCAUCCACACCUGAAGGGACAACAAUAGUUACAACAGAACCUCCCUCAUCAUCCACACCUGAAGGGACAACAAUAGUUACAACAGAACCCCCCUCAUCAUCCACACCUGAAGGGACAACAAUAGUUACAACAGAACCCUCCUCAUCAUCAACACCUGAAAGGACAACAAUAGUUACAACAGAACCGCCCUUAUCACCCACACCUGAAGGGACAACAAUAGUUACAACAGAACCCUCCUCAUCAUCCACACCUGAAGGGACAACAAUAGUUACAACAGAACCUCCCUCAUCAUCCACACCUGAAGGGACAACAAUAGUUACAACAGAACCGCCCUCAUCACCCACACUUGAAGGGACAACAAUAGUUACAACAGAACCCCCCUCAUCAUCCACACCUGAAGGGACAACAAUAGUUACAACAGAACCGCCCUCAUCAUCCACACCUGAAGGGACAACAAUAGUUACAACAGAACCGCCCUCAUCAACCACACCUGAAGGGACAACAAUAGUUACAACAGAACCGCCCUCAUCAUCCACACCUGUAGCGACAACAAUAGUUACAACAGAACCGCCCUUAUCAUCCACACCUGUAGCGACAACAAUAGUUACAACAGGACCGCCCUCAUCAACCACACUUGAUGGGACAACAAUAGUUACAACAGAACCCCCCUCAUCAUCCACACCUGAAGGGACAACAAUAUUUACAACAGAACCCCCCUCAUCAUCCACACCUGAAGGGACAACAAUAGUUACAACAGGACCGCCCUCAUCAACCACACAGGAGGCAACAACAGUAGUUACAACAGAACAGACGACUUUGCCUACAGAGUCAUCCACAGCAACGGUUACAUCAAAUUUUGAUGGUACGACAUUUUCUGGGAGCCUUAAUAUAAGUGCUCCGUGUAACGAGUCUGAAGAAGAAGGUGACAGAACAAGAAUGCAUGCAACACUGACAGAUAUCUUCAGUAACAUAUCAGGAUUUUUAGGACUAAAUGUAACUACUGACAGAUCAUGUCCUACCAUCAGCUCCGAUUUUUCAGUAGUGGUUAAUGAAACGACAAGUAAAGAAGCCCAAAGCGAUUUCUCUCUGACGAUACAUAAGCUGUUAACAAAUCAACUGAACUUAACAUAUAAUGGGCAGCAGUACACGGUGGAUGAAGUAGCUAUUAUAGCUUACGAUGGACAAGAACAAAGAUUUACAAGUACAUCUGACCCCUGUGAGAUUUUUAUAGCCAUAAAAUCCUGCUCUUUUGGAGAAUGCACUCGUGUCGGAAAUGAUUUGCAAUGCAUGAACGUGACAGCAACAACAGAUAUGUCAACAUCUUCAGAAUACAUAACAACAACUGAACUACCGUUAACCACAUCAACCGAACCAACAACAAUAACAACAGCUGAGAGUUUAGCAACCUCAACAGAGUCAUUUGAUACAACAACUAUAGAUGUUUCUACCACAGAAUCAUCUACGACAAUGAUAACAGAUGGUAACACCAUGUCGACAGAAACACUUACAACACCGACAGAUGGGUUAAGUUCUCCCACAGAUUCGUCUGAAGCGACAACAGUAGAUAAUUUAACCCCAUCUACAGAACCACCUACAACAACUAUACCAAGUAUCCAAACUACAUUCAUAGACCCAUCUACAACUGCAGUAGAUACUUCAAGUAUAUCUAUUGAAACAACUAUAAUAAUAACAACUGAUGAUUUUUCAACCAGCACCGAAACGGCUGGGACUACAACUCCAAAUUCAUCCACAGAACCAUCUACUUACACAACAGAACUGUCUUCAUCAACAGUAACUCAGUUGCCAACAACUUUAUCUACUGAACAAUCUAUAGCUACUACAGGUCUUAAUGGGACGACAUUUUCUGGAAGCCUAAAUAUAAGUGCUCCAUGUAACGAAUCUGAUAAACCAGGCGACAGAACAAGAAUGCAUGCAACGCUGACAGAUAUCUUCAGCAAUUUACCAGGAUUUUUAGGACUAAAUGUAACUACUGACAAAUCAUGUCCUACCCUCAGUGCCGAUUUUGCAGUAGUGGUUAACAGAACGACAAGUAAAGAAGCCCAAAGCGAUUUCUCUUUAACGAUACAUAAGCUGUUAACAAAUCAACUAAACUUAACAUAUAAUGGGCAGCAGUACACAGCAGAGGAAGUAACUAUUAUAGAUUACGAUGGACAAGCACAAAAAUUUACAAGUACAUCUGGCCCAUGUGAGAUUUUUAUAGUCAUAAAACCCUGCUCAUUUGGAGAAUGCACACGUGUCGGAAAUGAUUUGCAAUGCAUGAACGUCACAGCAACAACAGAUAUGUCAAAUUCUUCACAAUACACAACAACAACAGAAAGUUCAACGGAACCACCGACAACAGCUACACCAGAGAGUUCAACGGCGCCUACAGAACCACCAACAACAGCUACACCAGACACUUCAACGGCGCCUACAGAACCACCAACAACAGCUACACCAGAGAGUUCAACGGCGCCUACAGAACCACCGACAACAGUUACACCAGAGAGUUCAACGGCGCCUACAGAACUACCGACAACAGCUACACCAGAGAGUUCAACGGCGCCUACAGAACCACCAACAACAGUUACACCAGAGAGUUCAACGGCGCCUACAGAACCACCGACAACAGCUACACCAGAGAGUUCAACGGCGCCUACAGAACCACCAACAACAGCUACACCAGACACUUCAACGGCGCCUACAGAACCACCAACAACAGUUACACCAGAGAGUUCAACGGCGCCUACAGAACCACCAACAACAGCUACACCAGAGAGUUCAACGACGGCUACAGAACCACCGACAACAGUUACAACAGAGAGUUCAACGAUGGCUACAGAACCACCGACAACAGUUACACCAGAGAGUUCAACGGCGCCUACAGAACCACCAACAACAGUUACACCAGAGAGUUCAACGACGCCUACAGAACCGCCGACAACAGUUACACCAGACACUUCAACGGCGCCUACAGAACCACCAACAACAGUUAUACCAGACACUUCAACGGCGCCUACAGAACCAUCAACAACAGUUACACCAGACACUUCAACGGCGCCUACAGAACCACCAACAACAGUUACACCAGACACUUCAACGACAUUAGAACCAUCAACAACAGUUACACCAGACACUUCAACGAUGGCUACAGAACCACCGACAACAGCUACACCAGAGAGUUCAAUGACGGCUACAGAACCACCGACAACAGUUACACCAGAGAGUUCAACGAUGGCUACAGAACCACCGACAACAGUAACACCAGAGAGUUCAACGGCGCCUACAGAACCACCAACAACAGUUACACCAGAGAGUUCAACGACGCCUACAGAACCACUGACAACAGUUACACCAGAGAGUUCAACGACGCCUACAGAACCACCAACAACAAUUACACCAGAGAGUUCAACGGCGCCUACAGAACCACCAACAACAGUUACACCAGAGAGUUCAACGGAGCCUACAGAACCACCGACAACAGUUACACCAGAGAGUACAACAGAACAAUCUACAAUUACUACAGAUCCAAAUGAAGUGACAUUUUCUGGAACUGUGAAAAUUAGUGCUUCAUGUAAUCAGUCUGAUGAAACAGGUGACAGAUUAAAAAUGCAGACAGCGCUGACAGAGAUCUUUAAUACUACGCCAGGAUUUAAGCGAUUGGAGGUUGUUUCCAGACGAUGCUCUUCCAUUUAUGCCGAUUUUGCUGUAGUCAUAAUUAAAACGUUUAGUAAAGAAGCACAGAGCAAAUUCUCUCUGACGAUACUCAUGCUGUUAACUUAUCAACUAAACGUAACAUAUGAUGGAAAGCAGUACACAGUGGAUGAAGUUAGAAUAACUGAUUACAACGGAGUAUCACAAACGCUUACAAAUACACUUGAACCCUGCGAGAUCUUUACGUUCAUCGAACCUUGUCCUUAUGGAAAUUGUACUCAGAUUGGAGACACUCUUGAAUGCAUGAACAUGACAGCAACAACAGAAUUACCAGUAACAUCAACUCAAGAAAUACCAUCAACAACAGAAAUGGCUUCAACAGCAACAACAGAAUCGCCAACAUUAUCGACAACAGAGUCAGGAACAACAUCAACAACAGAUGGAUCAGGAACAUCCACAACAGAGAAACAAACAUCAUUAACAACUAUAUUACCUGAAACUUCUACAGCAGAGUCGUCUUCUACCACAACAUCGACAGAAAUGGCAAUAACAACAUCAGAAGAGACUGAUACUGCCACCACCACCACUCAGCCACCUGCUACAACUACCACAUUAGAACAGCCUACAAACUCCACAUCUUUAGACCUGGUUGCUACCACAACCAUCGGACAGCCACCUUCUUCAACCAUUACAUCAGAAGAGCCUAUUACUAUCACAACUGCAGAGCUGGAAACUACCAGCACCACACAACAACCUAUCACAACCACCACAACAGAGCAGUCGUUAACUACCCCCACUUCAACAGAACCAUCAACUACUUCCACCUCAACACAGUCGCCAUCUACAACAAGCACAACAGGGUCGACGACUACAACAAGCACAACAGAGGCGACGACUACAACAACAACAGCAGUGGAUACCACAACAGAAACCACGGCAGUGGAUACCACUACAACAACCACAGCAGUGGAGUCCACUACACCAACCACGUCAGUGGAUACCACUACAACAACCACAACAGUGGAUACCACUACACCAACCACAGCAGUGGAUACCACUACACCAACCACGGCAGUGGAUACCACUACAACAACCACAGCAGUGGAGUCGACUACACCAACCACAGCAGUGGAUACCACUAUACCAACCACAGCAGUGGAGACGACUACAACAACCACAGCAGUGGAUACCACUACACCAACCACGGCAGUGGAUACCACUACACCAACCACAGCAGUGGAGACGACUACAACAACCACAGCAGUGGAUACCACUACAACAACCACAGCACUGGAUACCACUACAACAACCACAGCAGUGGAGUCCACUACAACAACCACAGCAGUGGAGUCCACUACAACAACCACAGCAGUGGAGUCCACUACCACUACUACAACACAGCCACCUACAACUACCACCACAACGCAACCACCGACCACUACCACCACACAAGCACCAACAACAAGAGAACCUACUGUUAAUGAACCACUCCCGUUUAGUGCCACGGAAGACUCUGUUAUUACUGGGGAUGACAUCACUUCCCCGCGUCUUACAUCUCCUAUGACACUACAAAUUGGUGACGGAACAAUGGGUGGAUUUAACUAUGUUGUAGUGGGCACGAAUGGCAUCAUUGGACUUGGAGAAAGAUAUAACAGUUUUUCAAUUCAAGAUCUCUCCAACACAGAUACAUUCAACCGUAGAAUUCUUUGUCCGUUUUGGGUGGAUCUAGUAGCAGACGGAGAUGGGUCCGCUGUAUAUUACAAAGUAUAUAAAAGGGAAAAUCAGAAUGAUGCCACUACUUUAAACAGAGUAGACAAAAUAAUUCAGACAUUCUUUGAUGAUUUUAAGAAUUUCAAAUCCUCGAUCCUUUACAAAGUAACAUGGAACAACAUGACAUUUUUCGCGGACAGAACAAAGAGAGUAACUUUUCAAUCACUUAUUGUUUCUGAUGGGCGUGACACCUUCAGUGUGACAAAUUAUAUCGAUGUUAAUGUUCCCUCGACUAUUGGUACACGAAUCUCGGUGGGCUACAGAUAUAGACGAUUUGUCGAAAGAAAUACAUACUCAAAUCGACCUGCUUGCUUCCGAAUGACACAGGUUCCUGGAAAUUUAGGGUACAACGGAUUUUGGGUAACUAAAAUGACGACGGAAACCACGUUAGACCCACAGGAAAUUGAAUGUUAUAACUGGUAUGCGGUCCAAUCACAGAGACGAAUUCCGAAUCCAUGGUGGUUGACAUGUCCAUGUAAUGGCUUUGCUAUGAGAUUCUUUUCAUUCCGAUUUGCUUAUUACCGAUAUGAUCCAAUUUACAACGUCAUGUGUUACGUAUCUAUCACAAUGGGCCAAUCUUUGGAGUGUUGCUAUCGAUGGGGAUUUUUUGGACUAGGGCCAUUGAGCAGGCGAAUUCCAGAAUCUGGAUCAGUGCUUUCUGCAAAUCCCAUAUUCCAACCAAUAGAAUAUUAUCAAGAUAACAUGAGGGCAAAAGAAGUCUGUUGUGCCUCCGGACACUGCGACUGGUAUUACGCAUUACGUCCAAGACCCAGAUUUUGCCUCAGGUUGAUUCCUGUUCGAACAGCCUGGUUUUUUGGUGAUCCACAUAUAAACACACUUGAUGGUGGAAAAUACACCUUUAAUGGAUAUGGUGAAUAUACAAUGAUGAAAAUAGACCACAACGGUACAAAGUUUGACCUUCAGGCUCGCACAGAUUUAGCAACAAAUGCUAAUGGAACCACAAUCAAUGCAACAAUUUUCAGUGCUUUUGUUGCAAAGGAUCAUACCGGUUCAAUUGUGCAGGUGGAAAUGUCAAGGACUAAAACAAGUAUGUAUGUUCGAGGAAACGGUCGAGAUUUAACAUUGGAUUUUGAAAAUAAUCCAAAUUUUGUCUUCAGAACCAUUAACGUAUCCAUAUCCAUGAAUAAUAAAAGCAUUGAAGCAUCUUUCAUUCAAAGCGCCAUUACAAUCAAAAUAAGUCUGGGUGUCCGAUUUCUAACAUCUGAAACUAUGGUAGACGAAACAUACAUGGGAAAGGUCACUGGACUCAUGGGAAAUUUCGACGGAAAUACGACCAACGACUUUAUUCUUCCCAAUGGAACAACGCUAUAUGACAGCGAUGUAGAUACAGAGAGAAAAAUCUAUAACAACUUUGGACAACUAUGGUCGAUAGAUGCUGCGACUUCACUUUUUCAUUAUGACACUGGAUUAACACAUGACGAUUUUUCGCAUCCCGAGUUUAUUCCGUUCUUCGUUGAUGAAUUUACGGACGAUGAAAGGAACAAGUCAAUAGAAGUUUGUGGUGGUACAAAGGCCACUCAAGCUUGUAUUUUCGAUUACCUUGCUACCGGAGACAAAUCGCUGGCCGAAGCAUCUGGUUCUGACGACAACACCGCGGUAUCUGACACUGCUAGUUUAGAGAAUGAGAUUCCAAGUAUUGAGGGGGAUACAAAUAUACAGGCAGAGGUUAACAAGUCAGUGGAAAUAAAGUUUAAUGCGACAGAUGAUGGCACUUUCACUUAUCAAAUACUUCAGCAACCACAGGAGGGGUUCAGUUUUAACAAUACCACCGGGAUAGCAACAUGGACACCACGGGAUAAUAAUGUUGCAAACAUCAGCGUCACUGUUGUUGACAAUAAAGGAGAGCAAGCGGCCCCGGUAGAUGUCUCUAUUAUCCUCUGUUCCCAAUGUAGUGGUCAUGGAAGCUGUAACUAUAAUGAUACUCGGAGUUCUACAUCUGAUAUGUUUAAAUAUGCUGAAUGUGUUUGUGAUGACGGAUACUCAGGACAAGACUGCGAGAAUGAUACAGAUGGUUGCGCCCAGUCUCCCUGUGCCCAGGGUAGAAACUGUACAGACUUGACACCCGCGGAGGAGCGUGUAUUAGGGAGGGGUUACAAAUGUUCUGAUUGUCCUGCGGGUUAUCUCCUCUUGGAUGAAAAAUGUGAAGACAUUAACGAAUGUAACAGUACGUCAACAAACUUGUGCAAUAGUGCAACAGAAGAUUGUGAAAAUACCGAGGGCAGCUAUCAAUGUAAUUGUAAAAUGGGAUACAGAAAAAUUGGAAACAAUUGCCAAGACAUCGACGAAUGCAUAGAGAGCACCUCGGGAUGUGAACAGAACUGCAACAAUACUCUUGGGUCAUUUGAUUGUUAUUGUAUCACGGGGUUCACACUGAAUAAUGACAACAAAACAUGCAACGGUUCGAGCAACUGUUCAGGAUUAAAUUGUGAAUAUGCCUGUUCCAAAGAGAGUGGUAGCGACGUAUGUAUUUGUAAGGCUGGAUACAAGUUAAAGGACACGGAAAAUUGUACAGACAUAAAUGAAUGUGAUGUCAGUGGAAUCUGUUCCCAGGGCUGUGAUAAUUCUGACGGAUCAUACACUUGUUCCUGCUUCGCUGGGUACUCACUGAAUCCAGAUAAAACAACUUGUUCGGAAUGCGAACCCCCUAACUAUGGUGUUGGAUGUCAACAAACUUGUACCUGUGGUAAGGGGAUGGACCGGUGUGAUCCAGUGACAGGGUGUGUCUGUAAAUCAGGCUGGACCGGAAGUAACUGUGACCAGGAUGUUGAUGAAUGUACAGAAAACCCUAACAUCUGUGGUAGUGACAAAAUCUGUCAAAACUUAGAAGGAUCUCACACUUGUAACUGUCGAACUGGAUUUCAAAAAGACAGCCAAGGAAACUGUAUUGAUAUUAAAGAAUGCGAUAACGCUGCUUCCCAUAACUGCUCUACAGAUACGACAGUUUGCUCUAAUAACAUUGGCGGCUAUACUUGUACAUGUAAAUCUGGAUACACGCGAAAAAACUUUUAUGAGUGUGAAGAUUUCGAUGAGUGCGCUGCUGAGACGGAUGGUUGUUCUCAGAGAUGUGACAAUGUAGAUGGGGGUUUUAACUGUGAAUGUGAAUUUGGCUAUACAUUAGGUGAUGACAGAAAAACAUGUAUAGAAGUACAAGAUAUAUGUAGCCUGUUUCCAUUAUUAAACUGCUCGUAUGGAUGUAAAAAGAAUGGAAGUGAAGGGUCCUGUUUUUGUCCGGCUGGAUAUCUACUAAAUGCACAGGACCAAAGAUCAUGUGUCGAUAUUGACGAGUGUAAUGAUGCUACUUUAAAUCAAUGCAACUUCAAAGAAAAAUGUAUCAACAUUGAUGGUUCCUACAACUGUUCAUGUCCGAUAGGGCAUACACUAGAAAAUGAUGGAAGGACUUGUAAAGAAUGUAAUGGGUUUACAUUUGGAGAAGACUGUAAAACUCCUUGCAACUGUGGAGUGGGUUCCUCAAGAUGUGAUAACGUCAGAGGUUGUAUAUGUGAUGGUGGAUGGACGGGAGAAAAAUGUGACAUUGAUAAAGACGAGUGCUCGUCUGGAAGUUCUUGCACUAAAGCAAAUCAGGAAUGCAAGAACUCACCGGGAUCGUAUAAGUGUGUUUGUGCUCCUGGAUAUGUGAAGAAUACAACGUUAAAUGAAUGCUCAGAUAUCGACGAAUGCGACACUAAUCCAUGUAGUCAGCUCUGUACAAACACAAUAGGAAAUUACUCCUGCGGUUGUUAUGCUGGAUUUCGAUUGGUCGGUGCUUCGCAGUGUGAGGAUAUUGAUGAAUGCUCUGCUCCCACAAGUCCCUGUGACCAAAUAUGCGCCAAUACCCAGGGAAGCUUCAGGUGUUCUUGUAAUGCUGGGUUCUCACUGAAUACGACAACAAGGGUUACCUGUGAAACAAAUACACGUUGUGAGAAUGUAACAUUUAACUGCACUCAGAAGUGUGGAGUUAAUUCAGAUGGAUCGGAAUAUUGCUUCUGUAAUCCUGGAUUCAUCUUAAAUAAUGACGGUUUCAUUUGCAAUGACAUUGACGAAUGUUCUUCAAAUCCAUGCAGUGAACAAUGUUCCCAGAAUACCCCAGGUCCCGGGUACACUUGUUCCUGUGCUGCCGGAAAGAAACUUGACGUUGACCAGAGAACAUGUAUAGAUUGUGACUCUCAAACAUUUGGUUCUGAAUGUUCCUUAAAUUGCACGUGUGACGUCCAGAACACUCUUUCGUGUGACAAAGUCAAUGGAAGCUGCACUUGUAAAACGGGUUGGGAAGGAGAAAACUGCACCAAGGAUAUUGAUGAAUGCAAGGAAAAUAAUACAAUAUGUCCAACCAAUGCCGAGUGUUCAAACACCAAUGGCUCCUUUUCUUGUGUUUGUAAUCCUGGUUUUGCCUUGGCUAAUGGAAAUUGUGUCGAAUGUACCAGUACCACGUAUGGUCAGGAUUGUGCCAAUCAAUGUACGUGUGACCUAUCUAACUCAAGGUCAUGUGACAAACAAAACGGGACUUGUUAUUGUAAUGAUGGGUGGAUGGGUGUUAAUUGUACAGAAGACAUCAAAGAAUGCGAAGACAACUCAAAUAUAUGUGGAGCAAAUGCUAACUGUUCAGAUGUUCCUGGUUCAUAUAUUUGUAACUGUAAUCUUGGAUACAAGAAAAGUGCAAAUGGUGUAUGUGAAGACGUGAACGAAUGUAUACUAGGAACAGACACAUGUGAUGCAAAUGCUGAUUGUACAAAUACCGUUGGUAGUUUUAAUUGUACCUGUAAACCUGGUUUUAGUGGAGAUGGUUUUUCUUGCACAUCUUGUAACAGUACUCAUUUUGGAGAGGGAUGCUCAUCGUUAUGCAGCUGUAUAGAGGCAAACACUGCAGACUGUGAUGAUGUUACCGGGACGUGUAAAUGUAAAACGACUUGGAAUGGUACAAAUUGUGACAUCGAUAUAAACGAAUGUGACCUCGGUACUCACAACUGUAACACGACUUACCAAAACUGUGAAAACAACGAUGGUGGUUUUAAUUGUGUCUGUCGUUAUGGAGAAACUAACGGUGUUUGUAACGGAGGGUGUAACGAUACACAUUAUGGCUAUCAGUGCAACCAAACAUGUCCAUGUGUUUUGACAAAUAUAGCAGACUGUCACGAUGACACUGGGGCGUGUACGUGUAAAUCAGGUUGGACUGGGGUGGACUGUAGUAGCGAUAGAAAUGAAUGUACUACAAACAAGCACGAUUGUAAUGACACAAUAGAAACAUGUAGCAAUAUCGAUGGAUCAUGGAAUUGCACGUGUAUAUACGGAAAUAGCAACACAGGAUGCAUUGCCAAAGAAUCAGAAUAUACUCCAGAAAGUACAGAACUUUCAGUAGAAGUUGUUGUUACUUUCGAUGAAACCAUAGAUCUGAGCGAUUAUGCUGCUGCCAAAAGGAAUAUGUCGGCAGCCCUGUCGAAUUACUACAGAAGGAAAAUAAAAGAAUUCAUAAAAGUUAUUAUCCUUGUCAUGAGGAAAGGAAGUACAAUAGUUGAACACGAAAUUGUCACAAAUAAGACAGAAAAAGCACAACAAGACACUGCCUUGGCACUUGUUCGCCUGUCUAAGGGCGAGGACAAAGUUGAAUAUAAUAAUAAAAACCUUUCAACUGACUCAGUAACUGUAAAAGAUAAAAGUGGGAACGUAAAAAACAUAACAUCUUCAUUCUCUAAAUGUGAUGUUUAUAUAAUUAACUUCCCGUGUGGUUCUGGAGAACAAUGCAUUGAGAGUGGAGAUACCGUCUUCUGUUCGAAGAUAGCCGAUGACAAUGACGAAUUUAAGCUGAUUGUUGGUCUUGGAGUUGGAAUACCCCUCUUCUUCAUCGCAGUUUUAAUCCUUGCAAUUAUUUGUGUUUACUGGAGAAGACAUAAAGAUGAUGAUUCAUCAAGUUUGUCUGAAGAUGAUUUUGGAGAGGGGUAUGGUAGUCCAGGAAGCUACUUUCCUUCUGUAAUACCAACGAAAAUUGACAGCUGGGGUAGGCAUGUAUCGCCGUACUCUCCACAUUACCUCUCGGAUCAUUCUACCAUACAAGGAGGCAAUCGAGUAGAUGAUGUCACGAACUACACAGAGCCAUAUUUUUAUGACAAUGGCGAGAAAUCAAAUUUUUCUUGGGAUUUCAUGUUCCAGUCUUUACACCCCAAUGAAAAGUUUCAAAUAAGGAGGCCUGGAAUAAGAUCUCAACCGUUAAAAACUGAGUGAUAUUUCAAGAAAUCAAUGUUUGUGCUGUGUUCAUCGGUGUUUUAAUGUGCCAUAGAUUGUCAUUAUUUAUCACACACAUUCAUCGAGUGAAUAAAGCUGGGUAUAGCAGGAUUUACAUCAUUAAUUACGAAUUUCUGAAGUUCUUUAUAAAAUGAUCGUCAGGCAUUACGUAGUCAGAAUAAAAAUCAUUUGAAUGAUUGUUUGAAGGAAAAAUGCAUUUAGUUAUAUGGGUGUGUAUAUGUAUGUAUGUAUGUGUGUAGAUAUAAAAGCAGCAAUGAUGUUUUAUAAUUUUGACAAUUCAAUUUGAAUCCUGACUUAAAGCAUUAUACAGUAAUGUCUUUCUGGUGGCUGAUUUAUAUAUAACCAUGUAUACAUUAUCGAAAAAGCA